CAUUUCUUGAACGGUUUCUUCUGUAGAUGUCUGCUUGAGAAAUGCUUUAGUACCUUCACUGCAACUGCACAUCCCGUGCCCGUUCUCUCGACCGGUCCCUGCAUUGGAUAAUGCCAUUUUACAUACUAUUGCCCUAGCUGAACACGGACUUCACGUGCCAGUGGGGAUGUCGUCGGCGGGCGCACAGGCUGGGCCUGGAGGCUCUGCUUCAGAGCGCCGCAGCCGCAGUGCCAGCAGUGGCAGCAUCAAUAAUGACCAGAACGGCAAAACCACUUCAAAACGCGCAGCCUUCGCCCGCAGCCCGAGCCCGGGCCCCGGCCCAAGCACCCUAAAACCUCCGCCCGGCGUUCCCUCAUGGCUUACCAUUUGGUCCAAGCCAACCGUCGCCUCCGCACUGCUAGCCGAAAGGCGUCAGAUGCGGGACUUUGUGGCCACGCCCGUGCCCGCCUCAAGCACCAUGAAGCGCAGGGGCGUCGUCAUCAGCGAUGUCGGCAGUACGACAGGAUCCACAACGGCAACAUCAACAACCCCCGCUGCAACCGCCGCGCCAACGGCCCCGACGGCUGCGGCGGCAACAUCAACGGCCCCGACGGCUGCGGCGGCGACAUCAACUGCAACGACGACUUGGGCCAGCAGCCGUACAGCACCCGCACGUCCCAGCUCUGCCGGCCGUCGGCCCCCGAACCAACAGCAACAUCAACAACAUCAACAACAGCUGCCCGAGACACGGUCGGCGCCAGCACCACCACCACCACCGACUGCUAAGGCAGUUCCUCCACGGGUACCCUCCCCACCCUCACCCCCCCAACAUGACACCAACAACACAUCAGCCCCGCCACCCUCCAGCGACAAGAGGUGCCUUUCCGAAGGAUCCGGGCCCUCCUGCUUACUCCGAGACGACCCCUCUGGACGGUCCCUUUUGUCGUAUUUUCUAGCCGGCGGCAACAAAGCCGCCGCCGGCGGUGUCGGCGUCGGUCCUGGGCCCCCGGGUACGGCACCCUCGCUCCCCCGCUCGACCCUCGUGGCGGCUCGAUUCCGUCGGACGACUUCUAGCGCUAACGGAGGUAUCGGCGGCGGCGGCGGCAGUGGCGGCAGCAAUGCGCCGUACGGCAGCGCUCCGUCAUGGGCCUGGGCGCCGACGACGCCACAGCAGCAGCAGCAGCAGCAGCAGUUGCUGCGCGUCGGAUCCAGCAGCCGGCCAGCCUCCCCGGCGCCCAGCAUCAGUAGCGCGGGCAGCAGCAGCAGCAACGUUGCUACCGGCGCGCGUCGCAGCAGUGCAAACGGGUUCGUGACAAGUUCCUCCUCCUCUUCCUCCUUCUCCGUGGCGGGGACUCCCAGGCGACCCCAGAGUGCCGGACCGCGUUCCCGUACGACGCAUGCUGAGGUCACAGCUGCAACGGCACCUGCUGUGACCUCAGCAGCACCUGCUGCUGCUGCUGCUCCUGCUGCUCCUUCUGCAUACCGCUCCUCCUCCACGUCUUCUUCCGCCGCUUCCCAAGCGGUGCCAGCGCCCGCACCUCCCCGCUCGCUGGUUCGUUCAGUCACCUUUUCCAAUCCCCUCACCUGCUGCAGCCAACCUCCCUCUUCCGCCUCUUCCAACGUCGCGGCAGGGGGCCCCAUGCAACCAGCCAUCCGCAUGCGGCCCAUGUCUGCUAGCAGCAGCACCAUCAGCAGCACCUACGGCAGCAGCAGCAGCCGUGCCCACCAGAGUCACCUCCGACAAGCCACCUCCACAUCCUCCGCUGCUGCUGCUGGUGCUGGUGCUGGUGCUGCUGGUGCUGCUGCUGGUCCCAUGACGCCCCGCUCAGCAUCGCCCAUGGGGUCUGCCAACAGACCCGCAGCUAGGGUAGGCGGCAACGUCAGCAGCGGUGGGCCCGCAGCAGCAUCCGCAGCAGCAUCCGCAGCCACCACAGCAGCAGCAGCAGCAGCAGCAGUAGGAAGAGCGGUAGGCGUCUGGGAAGCAGCCCAGCGGCCCCGGGGUCCCUGCUCUGAUUUGCGGCUGAUUUUGUCGGGGCCGGACGAGGCGCGGGAUAAGGCGUGCAAGGCGGAUGAGGGGGACUUGAUGCUGGCGAGACCGAGAGGAGGAGGGGGUGCAGGGAGGGCGGCUGGAGGCGGCGAGGGAGAGGCGCGUAUCCCGCUGCCGAUACACGUGAUGUUGACUGGGAGCUUGCAGGAGCUGUACGACCGCAUCCUCCGCUCCGGCGAGCGUCCCCUUCACUUCUCCCUCGGCGGGGUUACCUUCUCCGGCGACCUCGACCCCGAGCACGCCGGUACCCUGCGCAUCCGUAACCGCACCCUCAUCCUCCACAACUGCACUCUGGCUUUCAAACCCGGUCAGAAGCUCUGGGUGGGGCCGGGAGGCCACCUGGUUCUGGCUGACGUCAGCGUUGUGACUGCCACUAGGAAGAGCGUGGGAAGAGGUGCCCCCGGGGGCAAACAGGGCGGCCGUGGCAUGGGUGCUACUGCUGCUGCUGCUGCGGGUGGUGCUGCUGGGGGUGCGGGUGUGGGUGGUCGUGGUGUGGGUGUGGGUGUGGGUGUUCCUCUGCUGCAUGUGGCGGGUGGCGGGCGGUGCCUGCUGCGCGGCUGCCGAGUGAAGGUGUACCCGGGAGAAGGGAGGGCGGCUGCAGGGCACAACGACUUGAGGGCGUGGGGCGAGGAGCAGUCGCCGAGGGCUUGCAUGGCGCCGCAAACCCCACUGACCGCUGGUCCCUACUACUUCUACCAGCAGCAGCCUCCGCCUCCUCCUGACCCACAUUACCAGCCUCCCCAACAGCAAGGGUGCUACGACCCCUGUCAGCAUGACCACCCUCACAACCACCACCGCCACUCCACUCAACACCACAGUUUCACCAGCACCACCAGCAGCAGCAGUUUGGACGCCAACUACUGCAUUCUCACAGAAACCGGCGGCACCUUGGAAGCCGUCGGUUGCCGUCUGGGUCGCUGUAUCGCCACCGGCGCCAACACCUCCCUCACGCUCCGUCGCUGCCGUGUCAAACCCGGCCGUGCAUGCGCCGCCUACGCGCCCCUGCUGCUCGUCACCAGCAACGCCUCCCUCCAAGCCUACCAAACCGAGAUCCGGGAGGGGCCUGCCAGCGGCAUUUCCGCGGAGGGUGAAGCCACUCGGGUUUCCCUGGCGCAAUGCAGUGUCUCAUGUUGCCGCCGUAACGCGGUUACGUUGCUGUCGGGAGCUCAGUUUUCAGCCGUGAUGAGUCGGUUGUACGACAAUCGCGUGGCUGGGAUUGUCGUACGAGGCGGCAGUACGGUUGCGGAUCUCACGGAUUGCGAGGUCACGGGAAACCUGACGAGCAACGUAACGGUGAAGGAGGGUGCUGCGUUGGUCAUGUUGAGAUGUACCUCGGUGGGGUGUGUGGAGGGAACUGGGAUGUUGGUGGAAGGCGCAGGCACGCGGGCGUUGGCGGAGCUAUGCAACUUUGACAACAAUGAGGAAUGCGGCGUGCAUGUGAGGGGCGGUGCGGCGUUGGAACUGCAGGAUUGUAGCGCCAGCAGCAACGCCAUUCACGGCGUGGAGAUUGAGGGGAUGUACGACAAGGCCGCAGGCGCCAAGGUUGUGGCGGAGGCAACGUUGGCGGCGCUGCCGCCGCCCAUGGUUCCGCUGCCGAAUGUGUUUUGCCUUGUGGCGGGGGGCCAACUUGCGAAGAACGGCUCGCAUGGUUGUGCGGUGGUGUGCGGCGGGGGGUUGAGGGUAUCAGGCUGUGAGCUGAGUCAGAACGUGGGGGACGGAGCUUACGCAGACGGGUUGGGAUGCGAGCUGGUGCUGCAUGAGUGCCUUGCGUUCAGCAACAAGGAGAGCGGUGUGUUUGUGUGUUCGGGCGGUGCGGUGUGGGGCGAUGACUGCCGAUUGGGGGGCAACCUGCAUG